GCAUUGAUAAACCUGAAAAUCAUUUAGCAGGAGGGCUGUAGAGUUUAUUACAAUAUAUUUCUAAAUUUAACACGUCAUUGUGUUGAAAGAACUGACUAGAAAAGAGACGAUUUCAAAAAUAAAACUCAUUAAUCAGGCUUUAUAUUUAUUGGCAGCUGAAAUGUCCUUCCAAGAUUGACAACUCCCUGCAAUGAUGAAUCAAAUUUUUAAGAACGUUGAUUAAACGAAUACAAAUCACUUUUUUUUUCUCAAUAGAUAUAACAUUCGCUCUGACGGCGAGCUGAGCGAAGUGUGACUUGGUCGAUCUACAAAAUCAUGUCUUCAUCAACAUUGUCACCUUCAUCUCCUUUACAUGAAGAACUGCAGUCUCGUUCUACAGCCUCUGCAGCCGGCGAAGCGUUUUUAUACGCCUUUAUUGUAUUCAUUGGCACUGUAGGGAACUUUGCUGUUCUCUUAGUCCUGUAUAAAAACCAUCGCCUUCGUAACAUCCCAGCAUAUUUCGUGAUUUCUCUUGCCAUAUCGGAUAUCAUCAUGUUAGAUCUACUCGCGCCAUUUUCCAUAGCAGUUCUGAUGAUGGGGCGCUGGCUAUUCGGCGACAUUCUUUGCCAGAUGCAAGGUUUCAUGGUAAUGUUAGUAGCAUGUGCUUCGCUGGGAACCCUUGCUCUCGUAGCGAUAAACAGGUAUUUUCACAUCGUAAAAACCUCCAAGUACAGACUCAUCUACACUCCACGAAACGCUAUACUGAUCGUGGUAUCUGGUUGGCUUGCAGCUUUCAUAACACCUUUGACUUAUACAGCGGCUGGUAAAGACUAUGUGUUCCAACCUGGCAAAUUUUUCUGCUUCAUGGAGGCAAAGUUCACGUUGCUCGUCCUUCCAUUCUACAUCUUCAUCGUCAUUUCAAUGAUGGUUCUCUUUCUGUGCUACUUGAGCGUGUUCAAGGCCUUGAAGACGCACGAGAGAACAGUGGCUAGUAACCUUCGAACAGGGAACACACGACAAACAGCAAUCUCCUUAGAGGAUAUCAAAGUCACAAAGAUUUUAUUCGCGACCGUCGUUGGCUUUGUCUUGUGUUGGACCCCAGUUUUAGUCAUCGACAUUGUCGAUGCAUUUCUCGGGUCGGAAUGGGAACUGACCCGCGGGACCUACUACAUGUACACCAUAUUUGGCAUUACCAGUUCCGCUAUCAAUCCCAUAAUUUAUGGCGUUAUGAAUCGUUCCUAUCGGAGGGCGUAUUUGCGGUUGUUCGGAUUCAGUCGGCGGGGCCUUGUUGGCGAUAUAACCACUGUAAAAGAAGCCGAGCGGACGAGGCAAGAUUUACAAAUGGAAAGAACAACAGCCGAUACUCACGUAAACGAGCAGAAUAUUUAAUUUCGCUAAACGGAGUCUGUAGCAAGUUAUGAAGAGCUCAGUGCAACACAAAUACCAGCCCUCAAAGCCGCUUACCGUCGCGUAAAGCGACUGGGACCGAGUAUUGCUACACCUCCUGCAUGGAAUGUUGGUCCAACGCAGGGUGCAGCAAAUAUCUGUCAUAAAGUUGA